AUGACGCAACAAUUCCUCACGGGGCUUCCCAAAGUCCCCCUAGGUGAGUUACCCAGAGACAGCACAUGUAUGAUCUGCCUCAAUGCUUAUGGCAACGGAUCGCUCGACAACGGUGGUAUCGCCGAAGGCCCAAUCCGCCUACCAUGCGAACCCCACCUUGGCUCAGACCUUCAACGCGCACGCGCCAUCGUAGCAAAAGUUUGGCAAUCGCAGCCACAGUCUGCUGCCGAGACCAACGACCAAAACCGCACCGAGGCGACAGAGGUGGAGAUUGCGGACCUCGCGCAUUCGUUCCAAGCGCUACAGUCUCUGGAGAUGGUCUUUCACAUCGGACGAAUAAGCGAGGGUCCUCGCGGUCGGUUUCCAACGCUGACGGAUCCGAUCACGGAGUUGGGCAGGGAACAAGAAGAGGCGCUUUCCCUCGAGCUUGGGAGACAGGGAGCUUUCGCGAGGCAUUGUGAUCGUCCUGCCUGCGCCGGUCUGACUAAUCGCGAAAGAUGGCGGUUGCAUCGUGAUAGGGAUAGCGAGGUUUGGAACCGUCAGGCAGGGGUUUGGGAUGGAUUUGGAGCGGAUUGA